CCUCCCGCGGUCCCUUACCCCGACCAGAGAGUUGCGAGGCCUCCGCGGUUCCUAGAAGGUGCUCCAGCGGGGACGCUCUGCUCGGCGUGAGCCAGGGGUCCGGGUGACAGGCGCUGCGACUUCCCUCGUCGCCCCCUCGCGCGGGGGUUAGCUUGGAGACUCCGACCUGAUUCCGGGUGCCGCCUGGCACCUCCAGAGGGGAGCCCAGCCCCUAUGGCAGCCACAGGUGCAUCUUGAGGACUUCCUGGAGGAUGCGGCGCGGCGGGGGUCAGAGGUGCCGAGAUUAACAAAUUGGAUUAUAGAUUGCUCUUCCGAAGGCUCCCUGCUCACCGCAGGGUUCACCGGUGGCCAGAGAAGCGCAAGAAAAAAAAAAAAAAAGGAAAAUCCUCCGUAUCCCAUCAUUUGUGUACUCCCUGAGAGAAACAACAUUGAACUUACUAUGUUGAAGAAGAACUGAAACGGAGGCAAACCACAGUCUGGGUGUGCCCCUGGGCCAGGCACCCAAGCUGCAGAACCAAGGCUUAAACUCCUCAUUUCUCCCAAAUGCUGGCUCUAUCCUUAAAGCUGGGCACGAUGGCUGGGUUCCUGCCCCAUGUCAGAGGCCAGGCCUUGGAAGCCAUGUUCCUGACAGUCCCGUGGAAGGAGAUGCUGUCCUUCGAGGAUGUGGCCCUGUACUUCACCAGGGAGGAGUGGGACACGCUGGGCUGGGCUCAGAAGGGCGUCUACAGAGAAGUGAUGCUGGCCAAUUACAGAAACAUGGUCUCCUUGGGAUUUCAGUUCCCCAAACCUGAGGUGAUCUGUCAGCUGGAGCAGUGGGAAGAGCCGUGGAUCCUGGAUCUACCAAGAGCUGGGACUGGGACGGCUUCCGGUAGUGCUUGCCCAGGUUCCACAGCCAGAUUCGAGGUGCAGGAGCCGCCUGCAAAGCAGAACAUUUCUGAAGAUUUCGAGUCGUGUACGAUGUCGCUGGUAAAGCAGAAAACGGCCAGGAAACCUUCAGAAAAGUUGCGUGAAUGUGACGAGUUUGUGUACGGACUUGCACUCCCCACGCUCGCUGAUGAAGGCUGGCAGGCCUUCCUUCAAAACUUUAACCUCGUUCAAGAUUGGGACGCUCCGGCAAGGACAAAGCAGGGCAAACACGAUGCGUGUGGAAAAGCCCCCAAGCCGAGAUCAGUGCUCCCGAGGCAGACGCGAAUUCUCACAGAUGCAAAAUCGUACGAGUGCAGCGAAUGCGGAAAGGUCUUCCGGCGUCAGGCAAACUUUGUUCGACAUCAAAGAAUUCACAGUUCAGAGGACCCCUUUGAGUGCCACAUAUGUGGGCAAGCCUUCGGACAGAAGUCUGCUCUCACUGUCCACAAACAGUGUCACUCGCAGAAGCAGCCAUAUAAAUGCCAGGACUGUGGAAAGGGUUUCCGUCAGAUGGCGUAUCUGGUUGAACACAGGAGGAUCCAUACCAAAGAAAGGCCCUAUAAAUGCAGCGAAUGUGAAAAAACGUUCCGUCAGAAUUCAACCCUCAUUCGACACCAGUUAAUCCACAGUGGAGAGAAACCCCACAAAUGCCUCGAAUGUGGGAAAGCCUUUGGCCGGCACUCAACCCUGAUGAGCCAUCAACAGACUCACAGCAAACAGAAGGCCCACACGUGCAGUGAGUGUGGGGAAUCCUUUGGUCGGAGGGUAGAUCUCAUUCAGCAUCAAAGAAUCCAUACCGAGGAGGAGUUCUUUGAGUGCAGAGACUGUGGGAAGACUUUUAGUUUUAAGGCAAAUCUGCACCGACACGAGGUCAUUCACACCGGAGAGAGACCCUACAGAUGUGACAAAUGCGGCAAGUCUUUUAUUUGGCGCACAAGCUUUAUCAAGCACCAGGGUACUCACAGAGAGCAGAUGGCUACCUGAUACCAAGUGGAAAAGCUACCACUCUAAGACCAGAACGUGGCUCUCGCUGCCGGUACAUGUAACGGGACUGUGUGGUGAAAAUAAAGAGGAACUGAAAUGGG